AAUCAACAUCAGUCGCCGUCAAGUUAUCGUCCUAUUAUUCCUGCUCCACAAACUCAAACUUAUGUUCCUACUUCUCCUUUUCAUAUGUCUCAAGCAAGUCCAAGUCCUCAUUCUAAACAUGCUGCUAUUUUACCUCCUUUCGAAACUCCUCCUGAUUCCCCUUUCUCUCAAGCUUUACAUAAUGAUUAUACCGGCCAAGGUGCCUUUAAACUUCCUCCACCUCUUCAGCCUUUAUCUCCUUUGGCUUUACAUGGUUCUCAAUCAAUGCUUCCUCCUUCCCCAACUUCUGUUAUUCAACAACAAAAUGCUUCUCCACCACAAUCUUCUCAUUCCCGAUACGAACGCAUUUUACCAAAACAGUUGGGUCCUUUAACUUCUGUUUUUUCUGUACCCGUGGCUCCUUCUUCCACAAACUCCUCUUUGGCCGAUCAACGUGAAUUGGCUCGUAAAGUUUCUCAUUCUGCUAUUGAGAGAAGACGUCGUGAACGGAUUAAUGACAAAAUUAUGCAAUUAAAAGAAUUAAUACCAAGUUGUGCUGAUCAAGAUCAUUUGCACAAAUUGAGCAUUCUGCAGAGUUCCAUUGAAUAUAUUCAAUAUUUACAAGAUUUAGUUAUUACUUAUAGAAAACGUGAAAAAGAUGGUGGUAAAUUUGAUAAUGAUGAAUCUUUAGAAGAUGUGGAGUCUGGUAUUAAAAAAGUAUCUGACUCUGAAAAUAUUAAUAAGGACGAUAAUAUUUCAACGACAAUAUCAAAAAUAUCUGACAAAACGAAAAAACCAUUGGAUCAUGAAGAAGCUAAUGCUUUAUUGAUGCUAUCAAAGUCAACAACAACUACUAUUAGUUCUAAACGUUCUGUGUCUAUGAAAGAUUCUGAAACUCAAACAUCGCCAAAUCUUUCUCCUAUACAUGAAUGGGAAAAAUCUAAAGAAUCCAAAGAAUUUAAAGAAUCGGAGGAGGAUAUGCAAGAAUCCGAAAAUGAUUCACCAAGACGAGGGAUGACUGUUCAACAAUUAUUAUGCUAA